CUCGUAUUUUUGGUUUGUGCACGCUGCCGAUAAGCCAUGUGGAUGCCUCCAGUUUGUGAUAACCCUCCACCUCUUAAGAUUGAAGAUGAGCUGCUUCCUUCAACACUUGGGACCGAAACGCCUACUGUCUCUUUCUCCAGUAGUUCAAGUAGUGACAAUCAAGAGAACUCACAAUAUCAGGCAGCGGAUAUCAGAUUUGAAUUCUAUCCUGUCCCGCGUGCCAGAUGCUUGUCGUUUCCAUAUCAAGCCUUACCGUCUCACGGAACAACAGUGUAUUUGUAUACGUGGACUGUUCCUGCACCUGAUGUCGUUGCCAAGCUUUGCUGGGUGAAGGAGACUUGUUUUGAAAAGACAGACGGGGCUAUUGGGCUUUUGUUUUCGAAACCGAUUUCCAAGAAAGAAUACGUUUGUCGAAUUCCCCUGUAUUUGACACGUGGUAUGGCUCGUUCGCGUGUCCGAUUGGUUGGAAAGCUUACACUUAGUGAACGGGAAUUGGAGAGCAUAGAAUCAGCCCACUCAGUGAUAUGUGAACUGAUUACAAAUAUGGGCCAUUUGUCACAUGUUGGUCAGAAACCAUCGAGUCAGGCUCUUUGUGAUCUUAUGGAGAAACAGAAAGAUCCAAAUGAAAUUCCUGAAAGUUGUGGAGUUACACUUAUCGACCGAUUUACUGAUAUGGUGUUCAGUCCUGAGAAAGCUAACAUUCUGGCAUUGAUGACGUUAAUUCAGUUACCAGCAGGUACCAUAGAUUACGAAGGCAUUAAGAGUCUUGUAAAUUGGUCAAUUUGUCGUACGAAUUCGCUCUCCUCGGACAUUAAAAACAACAACACGAGUGGAUCAGUGAAGAUCAGACCUGUCCGUGGUAUUUUGCCUAGUUGGCCUGUCAGGCUGAGUGAAAUACCUCGAGAAGACUGGCUUGGUUUAGUUGUCAGACCUAUUCACGUUGAAGAUAAGGAUCCUGGUAUGUUUGCGAUUUCAGAGGUGUGUCCAGAAACCCCUGUAAGUUAUGUGCCGCAGUAUGUGGCUUCGAAACUCAGUAACACACAAAAUGUUGGAGAAGUGACCUAUUUAGAUUUUUACAGAAGGAAGUAUCCCGUGAUGAGAGGUCUACCCGUUGAUAAUUCAAUGCCAUUGUGCAGGACGUCACGGCUCACACGUCAUCAAAAUUGCACCCAAGUUGGUGCGGGUCUACGAAAGGGUGGACCACUCCCCAUACAGUCAGCAUUUGUAUGUGAAGGGUGUUUAGUACACCCAUUAUCUUCCUGGCUUUGGUUUCUGGUGUCCACGAUACCUGCAGUUUUUCAUCAGAUGACAAGGGCAUUGUUGGCAUCACAAUUAUCCACAGAAUUGGCCUCCGAGUUAAAGAAUCCCAAACCAUUCUGUCAAAUGACGAAUCCAUCCAAUAUGACAGAUGAUUCUCUUUCUGCUGUGACCGUUUUUGUGCCCGACCGUCUACGUGAUACUGAUUCCUCAAACGGUGAACCGAUUAAGGCAUCUAUGUUUGAUUUUGAAGUAGAUGAACAAACUUCGAAAGAGGACCAGGAGAUGGAUAGUAUAGCUGCAAGUGAAUGCAGAGGCGUUGGAACAGUUUGUCCUCAACCCAGUGACUUGAUCGAGCCAACUACGUUGUUAGGUGCUCGUGAUGCAGUGAAUCUCGAGCGUCUGGAAUUUUAUGGUGAUUCGUUUCUGCAUUUGAUGUCUACGCUCAGUGUUUACCACACCAGUCCACAGGAUGCAGGUGAAGGUCACUUAAAUUGCAAAAGAGCUUCACUUAUAUCAAAUGUUCACCUGUGUGAGAUUGCUCGAAAUUUGUCAUGGUAUGGAUAUUGCACUGGUCGAGUAUUCUCUCCAUCAGAACAUUUUGUUCCUCCGUGCUACACUGUUUCUUCUGAGGUUUCUAAAUACGAUGAUCGCUUAUAUAUCCGCCUAUAUAACAAAUCUUUAGCGGAUAUGGUUGAAGCCUUGAUAGGAUGCUUUGUAGUGCACAUCGGGCUACCAUCGGCUGUAAAUCUGUUAUACUAUCUCCAGAUAUGUCCGGUGGAUUGGAAUACGAUAAAAUGUGACACAGAAUAUAAGAUUGAUGCUCCAUGGCAUUACCUUCUUCACUCAGAAAACUCAGAUAUUGCUAGCAGUUCAAAUUCCAGACGCCAAAUUCUCCGUGUAUCAUCACAGAAUUCACUGACCACUUGCAUAUAUCGAGAUCUCAAUGAGAAAUAUUUUGAUUUACAAUUGAAAUUGGAUUAUCGCUUUAGAAAUAUUGAAUUACUUGCUACAGCUAUGACACACCAGUCAUCAACUAACAGAGAGUACUGGGGAAAUUAUCAAAGAUUGGAAUUUCUCGGUGAUUCGGUUCUGGGUUUCAUUGUGAGCAAUCGCCUGUUCAAAAAGUGUCCUCAUGCUUCUCCAGGUGAACUGAGCAAAAUGCGAUCCAUAAUCGUGAGUAAUAACAAUUUGGUCAACACUGUAGUCGAGAAUGAACUAUAUGCAUUUAUUGACUCGGGCGUUUGUGAUAUAAAGCCUUUCAUUGAUGACAUAGAAAGUAUUCAUCAGCAAACCGAUUCGAUUUGUGAACGUAUCGAGCUACUGAUGAAGAAGGUUGGUGAGGGAUCGAAUGUGAAAAUUUUAGCCGAUGUAUUUGAAUCAAUUCUCGGGGCGAUUUUUGUGGAUAGUAACGGGAAUCAUUCUGUGUUAUCGUCGAUUAUUUUACGAUUCUUAGGCAGAAGUAUUAAAUAUUGCAUUGACAGCCUACCGAAGAACCCGAUUCAGCAACUUCAUUCAUCGCAGGGCAGUACUGGUGCUGUUCUCAGUUCACAGAAUAGUCAGAAGAGGUAUGUUUCGAAGCAUGUGAAGGGAUUUAUUGUGUGUAUUAUUGGUGUAUGUUCUUUUUUCUUUGUGAUCAAUGCUUCAGUUGAUGGGAAUUACAAGGGUUGCAGAAAAGAUUUAGAGUUUGCAUGUCUCUGGUUGAUGAUGGAGUGAGAAGAAGUGUUGACGAGAGAAUAGAUAUUUUACUGUGAGAGUGGUAAAACAGCACUGGAUUAUUAUUAUUAUUAUUAUUAUUAUUACGUGUUCAUUGAGUCGUGUGAUAGUGUAAUGAUGCAACGAGUCCGUUUGAUUCGUUCGAACAAUGUAAGAACGAUCAUAUUUGCACGAUGAUGAUACAUACGAGCUCAUUUCAAUCCUUUCCAUUGAUUCUUGUCAACUGAAUACAACGUACGUAGACGAAGAUUGUGAUGAAUGUAGUUUUCUGACAGUGGAGUCGAGUGAGUUAUCGAUUGAAAGUGGUGGAAUAGCUAAUAAUUACCUAUAGGUGAAAGUAGACAAGAAGUAGUGGGCUGAGGAAGUGAAAUGAAGUGAAGUGCAAACUACCGCCUGACUGACAUAGAUACAAGGAUAGACUAGACUAGACUAGAGAUGAUAGAAUGCAUGCCGGAUCGAAUAACAGAACAGAGUAAAAUGUAUACCUGAUAUAUUCUGAUGGGAAUUUCAAUAGGACGGAGUGAAUGUUAGAAGUGGAAUGAUGACUCAGACAACCAAUUGAGUAAAACUCUAAUUCAUUCACUGAAAUUCAUCUCAUUAGUAGAAGUUGGUGGUGGAAAGCGAAACUGCACCGAUGUGCAACAGUUCAAGUCGCCACACUCCCUUCAUGUUGUAGCACACAAAGCCAGAGUAGAAGAAUAAAGUAAAAAAAGAGACGCAGAAUAGAGACAGUGAACAGAGAUAGAUAUGAGUCAGAAGGCAAGAGAAUAGUAAUAGAAGUGAAUGCAUAUUGGCCGUUGAGAACGAGGAUUUUGAGCCAUAUGACCAAUUGUCUCCAGCCGUCAUUGGUGUUUACUGUCGCGAGGACCCCAACCAGCGAGUCAGGAAUUCUACAUCCUCCUAAAUGACUUAAAUCAAGUGUUGUGGAUUUAUUUCAUUGAUUGAUGAAGCCAUGUUUUGGUUUGACAACCAGCAGCAGCAGCAGCUCUUUUCCAGCCUAACUGCAUGUCGGCUAAUAUUGCCCGUCGAGGAAGGUAUGCGAUGGCUAUGCUAGGCUAGGCCAGGCAUGCGUAACACAUGUCCUAACCAUCUGAAUCGGUGUAACUUGACAGUCUCGUCUAUGAUUUCGCCUCUUUACCUAGCACUCACUCGACGGAGAACUUGCCUCAACAGUCCUCACCCUAUUAUACUAUACGACUUCACAUGGAGGAUAGAACACAGACAGGCACAUAUGAUCAAAGACAGCUAGUCAGUUUUUCAUGUCUUACACUGUCAAUGGCCAGGUCUCACAGGCAUAAAGAAAAACGGAGCGGACUGCUGAGCAGCACACAUGCCCUUUGGUCGAUAGCCAGUCGGAUAUCAUGCUAUAGGCAGGGACGGCGUGAGCCCUCCCUCUCGAGAGUCUCAUUGGUUAUGCUAUCACUCACUGAGAGAGAAUUCGGGUACAUUGAGUUGACGAGUCUGAAAUAGGAGGGGAUCCGAACCCGAGAUUCGACUGCUAGUCACCAUGCUCUUGAACACGUGAUGUUUGUUCUUUCUUUGUUCGAGUUAAUUGAGGUCAUCAGUCGUCAUAUGAUGAACCUACUGGUAUUUUCAAGUUGACAGUUAGUUAGUUAGUGUGACAGUAGUUAGAUGAUUGUUUCUUGUGCAUUUGCAAUUUGUGGAUACAGUGUUCCGGUGCAUAGUUGUUGUAGACGACUUUGGUGACUUGACUACAGCGAAAUACGAUGCGAACUGUCUGUCUGUCACGGGCGGAAACAUCCCAGUUUCAUCUGUCAUGUUGAUGAUACUGAUCAAAGAAAACAACGUUUGGGGUAGUAGUAUUAUCAUUCUGAACUAUUUCGUAAUCUUGAUUAAUUUUUGGUAAUCCUUCAUUGGAUUUCAAAUUUAUUAUAUAUAAAUUUAUGAAUUAGACAAAACUCAUCGCUCCCUCUUUCUUAUUGCACACUUAGAUGGUGAUGUGUAGUUCACAGUGAGCGAAUAUUAAUGCCGUGAGAAUUAUUUUUGUGUUUACUCGACUGACGACCAGCCAGCCAGCAUAAUAUUUAACUACCAGAGGUUACUACUUUCACAUAACACAUUUUCCGUCAAUUGUCAUUAUUAUUGUGUAUUCUGAUAGAGAAUGGAUCGUUUAAGAAAUGGACUGAUGAAAUACUUAUCAAUCGUUUCGCUGUGUUUGAGUGAAGUGUUCAUUGGCGAGUUCGCCAAGAUUCGAUCUUGUGUCCCAUUUGAUCGAGUUCAGUGGAAUGGCUGAUCUGUUUUCUAGCUUCGUCAAGUCCACAGCGGUCUUAGGAGGGACAACCACCUUUAGAUAUUGUUUAAUCCGGUGACCUCUUACAUUUACCUGUCUCGAAGAUUCUCUUACAUUUACGGCGUGUCACAAUUCCCACAAUUGGUCUGGUAGACACAGUUCAGUUGGUUGGUUGGUUGGUUAUCUUCUUGUUUUUAUAUUGUACCCUUAACGUUCACUAACCAGCGAUGAGCGAGCGUGUAAGGUGGUGGUGUUAGUUGCCCGAAAAUACACUCGUACGUUGUCAUGAUUGUUGAGGAUUCGCUUAACUGUUUCAUACUGUGUUAACCACCCACCACCAGAUUUCGAUUCAUGCUUAUUUUCAUAUUUUAGACAUCGUUGUUUUUAUUGACAGCUUUAGGAUAAUUGUUUGAUUGAUUGAUUGAAGAGUGUGACCUAAACCAAUUGAUCCGAUAUUCUGUUUAGUGUUGUAUUGAUGAAUGAGUAUUGUCCUUCUCUCGCUUACUGAUCCAUUUGAGGUGUCGUGUGUGUGUGUGUGUGUGUGUGUGGAUACUACCUACAUUCAUCAUGUUGUUGAUUAAUAACAAUAUUUCUUCAAUGAUUCCCGCCCGCGUCAUAUAUAAAUGAAUGUGUCGGAAUGAAUAUUCUUUGUCUAUUGAUGAAUCAGUCUUUCCAAUUUUAUUUUGCUACGUGAUUUGUUCAGAGCUUCAAUCAAUGUUUGUUGUUAUGUUGUUAUUUGGUUGUGUUCAGAAUCUUGUGGCAAAUAUUUAUCUUUACUUACUUUUUUAUUUAUUUUUGUGACAGAAAUUCCAACAAUACGGCAUUGGAUUCAAAUGAUGGAGAUAAUUCUGAGUCAAUGGCUGCAUGGACUUCUGGGAAACGUAUCUGUAACACUGGGAAUCGGAAUACACGAAAUGAAGCUCUUCUUCAAUUGGUUGAGACGUUGGCUAUAUCAUCAUCAGAUGAGAAUAAAGAGAAUGUCUUGAUGAUUUCCGAUGAUUAAGUCGUAUGUGCAUGUCGUCGUUGUUAUAGUCUGUCUGUCUGUUUUCGACAUAGAACUUUGCACAAAUGUUGUUAUAGUAGUAGUAGUUGAGAAUGGAUGGGGGUGGGUGACGAAUUUCAACAUUCUCUGCAUGUUAACUGAUUGUGACGCUUCUUUGCUUGUUGUUGGUGCCUACCGAUGAAGAUUUUAUUUUCCCUUAUAAUUUUUGUACAAGUUAGUUUGUACUAUCUUUAUUUACUGUCGAAUGGGAGAAUGAAGAAAUAACCAUGUUGAUUGAGUGAAGUGUUGUUCGCCUCU